GUGCUAAAUAAAUCUCAAUUUUUUUAUAGCAGCUUAAGUUUCGUUAGUUUAAUUAGUUCUAAGCUCAAAGUUAAUAAGUGCAAUAAACGCAGUUCCUACAUGACCCCCACUUCGCGAAGUUUAAACAUUUCAUUCAUUUUAACGCGUAGCAUCUGAAACAAAAAAUAAAAAAAAAGUUUAGAAUAAAACCAAUCAUCGUUGCUCAUUCGCCAGUGGAAAUAUCAGUAUUGUUUGCAUUAGCAAAGUAGGUGGACGUAUUUGAUUAAACUCGUCAUGAAUGAAGCACCUGAGCACAGUAAAAAGCGGCAAAAGACGUGCCUUCAAGUGGCAACCAAUGUGACGGAACAGAAGCAUCAUGUUACCCGCGAAACGCGUGGUAAGAAUCUGGGUCUCUGUCGGGGCUUUCGAGGCUGCACUGUCUGGCUAACGGGUCUCAGUGGCGCUGGCAAGACAUCGAUUGCCUUCGAGCUGGAGGCUUACCUCGUCUCCCGUGGCAUUCCCGCUUAUGGCCUGGAUGGCGACAACAUACGUACGGGUCUCAACAAGAAUCUUAGCUUCACGCCCGCGGAUCGCGAGGAGAACAUUCGUCGUGUGGGCGAGGUGGCAAAGUUGUUUGCGGACAGUGGCGUUGUGGCCAUCUGCAGCUUCGUGUCGCCCUUUGCCGAUGAUCGCGAGAUGGCACGCAAGAUACACAAGGAUGCCGGUCUGAAGUUUUACGAGAUUUUUGUGGACACGCCUUUGGAUGUGUGCGAAACGCGUGAUGUCAAGGGAUUGUAUAAGAAAGCGCGCGAGGGCGUCAUCAAGGGUUUCACGGGUAUCACGCAGGAGUAUGAGCGUCCCCAGCAUCCGGAGCUGGUGGUCAACACCGAUGGCUAUACGGUGCGCGAGUCGACGCAGCUCCUGGUGACGCUGCUGGAGCAGGAGGGAAUUAUACCGCGCUCGCUACGCGAUGUGGAUCAGCUGCCCGAGCUGUAUCCGAGUGAAGCAAGCGAGGCGGACGCACUGCGACACGAGGCCAAGUCGCUGCAAGCACUCGAGAUCAGCACUGUGGAGCUGCAAUGGGUGCAGGUGCUCUCCGAGGGUUGGGCUUAUCCCUUGCGUGGCUUUAUGCGCGAGGAUGAGUAUCUCCAAACGCUGCACUUUAAUACGCUGCAGAGCGGCCUGGAUGUCUCCUAUCGCGAGAACCACUCGGUGCCCAUUGUGCUGAGCGCCAGUGCCGAGGACAAGCAGCGACUCGAGGAUGCCUCUGCUUUGACGCUCAACUACGAGGGUCAAGCGGUGGCUAUUCUGCGUCGCCCCGAGUUCUACUAUCAGCGCAAGGAGGAGCGUCUCGCUCGUCAGUUUGGCACCAGCAAUCCGCAGCAUCCGUACAGCAAACAGGUGCUGGAGUCGGGCGAGUAUCUGGUGGGUGGUGAACUGGCCGUGAUUGAGCGCAUUCGCUGGCGCGAUGGUCUCGAUCAGUAUCGCCUGACGCCCAACGAGCUGCGCAGUCGCUUCAAGGAGUUGAAUGCGGAUGCCAUAUUUGCCUUCCAGCUGCGCAAUCCCAUACACAAUGGUCAUGCGCUGCUCAUGCAGGACACGAAGCGUCAGCUGCUGGAACGUGGAUUCAAGCAGCCAGUGCUGCUGUUGCAUCCACUUGGCGGAUGGACCAAGGACGACGAUGUGCCGCUGCAGGUGCGCAUGGCUCAGCAUCAGGCGGUGCUCGAUGCUGGUGUGCUGCGACGUGAAGACACGGUGUUGGCCAUCUUCCCAUCGCCCAUGAUGUACGCUGGUCCCACAGAGGUGCAGUGGCAUGCCAAGGCACGCAUGAAUGCGGGCGCCAACUUUUAUAUUGUGGGUCGCGAUCCCGCUGGCAUGCCGCAUCCCGAUAAGCAGGCCUAUCCCGAUGGCAACCUCUACGAUGCCACGCACGGUGCUCGAGUGCUCAAGAUGGCCCAAGGACUAGACAGCAUGGAGAUUUUGCCUUUCCGCGUGGCUGCCUACGACAAGACUGCCAGUCGCAUGGCCUUCUUUGAGCCGCAGCGCAAGGAUGACUUCGACUUCAUUUCGGGUACCAAGAUGCGAACGCUGGCCAAGACCGGAGCCAGUCCGCCCGAUGGCUUCAUGGAGCCGCAGGCGUGGAAAAUACUCGCCACCUACUAUCAGAAUCUGCCGCAGGCGUAACAAACAGCAGCGCGCGAAGCGGCAAAGAGAAAUUGUGCAAUCCGUCGGACGUGAUCAAGGGUAGCCCAACAGCACAACGCUUAGCUAUAACAACUAUGUACUACUGCAUCGAAUCCCUCGACACAGAUCUAUCUAUCUAUCCAAUAUACAUAUAUGUAUAUGUAUCCAAUCCCCAUGUUCAGCGUGUGUGUAUUGUUGCGAGUGUGUGUGCGUGUGUAUUGUUUAUUAUGUUUAGUAUGUUGUGCUCUCAAUUCCAAUUCAUUGUUGAACUACAGUCUAACUUGUCCAACUGCUCCAGAAAUGCAGCUAGCAUCGACUGAGGUGCACCUAUGCUAGAUUAUACUGUAUGACAAUUAUUAAUUGUAUCUACAUUUUAGCUUAACCAAUUCUCUGUUUAUCCUAAGACCAACAAUUUGUCGUUUUAUGCAAUGCAAUUUUUCUACUUAAGCAUUUACUUAAUUACUAUCUCAAUUAUAUUUUCACUAAGAUAAAACA